AGAGACACAAACACACACCAUUGUCAUUUAGCUGUUCUUGUUGGGCAGCUGAACACCCUGCUGUGCACUGCACAUCUCCCUCUCUGGAGAACAAUUCUCAGUUUGUCUUGCCUGGUUUUGCUCUAGUAGCUCAGAAGGAGAAGGUUUUACAGGCGCAAGAGCCAAGAGGUUGUUGAGAUAGGGUUUGAAGGGAUGGAGGAUGUGGUGAAGUUCAUCUUUGGAGUUUCUGGAAAUGUCAUUGCUCUCUUUCUCUUCCUAUCCCCAGUGCCUACCUUCUGGAGGAUAAUCAGAAGGAGAUCAACAGAGGACUUCUCAGGAGUGCCGUACAACAUGACGCUCCUCAACUGCCUCCUAUCAGCUUGGUACGGCCUGCCGUUCGUGUCCCCGAACAACAUCCUGGUGUCGACGAUCAACGGCGCGGGCGCGGCGAUCGAGGUCGUCUACGUGGUGGUCUUCCUGGUGUUCGCGUCGAGCCGGCGGACGCGGCUGCGGAUGCUGGGCCUGGCGUCGGCGGUGGCCGCGGUGUUCGCUGCCGUGGCGCUGGUGUCCCUGCUGGCGCUGCGGGGGGAGGGGCGCAAGCUCCUCUGCGGCAUCGCCGCCACCGUCUGCUCCAUCUGCAUGUACGGCUCGCCGCUCUCCAUCAUGAGGCUGGUGGUGAAGACGAAGAGCGUGGAGUACAUGCCGUUCCUGCUGUCGCUGGCGGUGUUCCUGUGCGGCACUUCCUGGUUCGUCUACGGCCUGCUCGGCCGCGACCCCUUCGUCGCGAUCCCCAACGGGUGCGGGAGCUUCCUGGGCGCCGUGCAGCUCAUCCUGUACGCCAUCUACCGGAACAGCGGCGGCAACAAAGCCGGCGCCGGGCGGGGCGGCAAGCAGCACGCCGCCGGCGGCGCCGACGACGACGUGGAGAUGGCCUGCGGCUCCGACGCGAAGGGCAGCAACAGUAAGGUCGCCGACGGCGUCGACGGCGCCGCCCGCAAGGAGGACCGGCUGGUCUAGCAAGGCAGUUCGCGGUCCACGGAAUCUGCUUACUGCGUGCUGAUACUAGAGCAGCAAGCACGCGUGUUAGCUACCGUCUCGAAGAAUUUCUUUUCCGGUUUCUCUUUCUCAUGUGCGAGUGCAAAUCGACGGUUCUCCUCUCCCGUGAUACGGGAGCGCGUGUAACAAUAUGUAUCAUGUACUGUCACGUAACCGUGUCGUUAUUGUCUUUACUACAUGGAAAGAAAAAUUAAUGAUCAAUCAAGCAGUCAAUGGCUUC